AAAGCAGAUCUGUGGGUGGGACAGAGGGUUUUUUCCUACUCCCUCCCUCAUUUCUUGGUACUUGUCUACCCUCUUAAGAUGUCUUUUAAAAAGCACACCCUUCUCCUUAUGAACCAUUGCAAGCUAAUUGAGGAAGGUGCUUAAAAGGCAAGAGAAAAUCAUUCCAUACCAAUAGUAUCUCUUUCAUUUCCAUGAAGAUCAUGAAGUGAAGACAUCUACAGGCCAUGAACACAGGCAGUUUGGCACUGGAUUUUUUCUUUUUGAUGAUGGUGGUGGACAAGCCAUGGGUGUAUGCGGUUCAGGCUGAUAACUGCACUAUUGCUGUUACUGUCCAGAGGAAUACCAAGUACUACAGCAAAUCCGGUGAUUCAACUUCUAUAGAGUGCCCUGUGAUGUACUGUCAAAAGAAGCCCAAUGUGCAUUGGCAUAUGUACAAUACAAUGCUCAAGAAAUUCUUCUCUUUAAGUCUUGGACCAAAUCACACAACUUCAUGGAGAACUGGAAACAUUUUUGUUUUGACUUUUCAACCUAUUAAUAAAAAUGAUAGCGGAACGUAUCGUUGUGAAGCAAAUGUGGCUAACAGCACCAUUGCAGGCCAUGCAAUAGAGGUUAUUGUUCAAGAUUACAGCAACAUCACUGUAUUUGAUGACGCUAGAAAUACUACAGAAGAUCGUGAAGCAUCUGAAAAGAACAAGAUGUUGAUUAUUUAUAUCCUGUCAUCCCUGGGAGCACUGGGCCUCUUCAUUUUCUGCUGCUUUGGCGUGCUGCAAUCUAAACGGAGGCUUCAAGGGGGAAACAAGACAGUUUCAUCAACCUUAGAGGAAGAAACGAAAGAGCUUCCCAGUGGCAGUGCUGUUGACAGCAGACAAAUCAACUGCAAGAAGCCCAACAUGGUAACAUCAAAACCUGCACAUGACAAAUCUGUCACCAACCAGCUCUUAUCUGCAAACCAGGAUACCCUUGUUUAUGCAACACUGAACCAUAGAGAACAUUUUGAGAAAAGUGAGCCCUUUGUGGAAACUGAGUUUACUGAAUAUGCUGCAAUUGUGUUGAAGAACUAAAUGUAGAUGUCUCCUUAUUGGUUCCCAUAAUAUUA